AUUACAGCUUUACACUGCAUUUAGACACGUUCUCGGGUCAUCCCACAGAGUAAAUCACAUGUAACUCUGAUUUGUCAGUCUUUGGGUUCGAAGACUUGCGGGAAAGGAAGUAAUUCAACUCGUAAUCUUCGCUUGAUAAUUCCCCUCUGGAACAAACCGUUUAAGUUUUUUAUUCAUGCAGUGAAAUUCACUGAAGAUAGUUGUGAAGUAUUUUUCUGAGUCUGACCAAGGAGCUUCGAUCUGCUUCUUAACGCAACUGCUCUCUGCCAUCUGACAAUGCCGAUCAUUUGAAGCAAACCAAUUAUGUAGAUCAAUUUCGCAGCGACCCAUAACUGAUACGGGAUUCUCUCAAAUCAGGAGUUGGACACAAAUGAUUGAUGGCUGACCGCUGACAGAAUUUAUUGUUAGAUGUCACCGUUACAACGUUUAGUUUUAACAAAAUAUUGAAAUUUCUUACGAAUGGAUUUCACUUUGUGUUGUAAUCGUACCUAAGUGAUUAUGGAUUUUGUGAAGAACUCUGUCAGGUGUUUGUUUACGGGCAUAAAACGGAGACGCAGAAAAAUCUUGGUUUAUGUGCUAACUAUCGUCACUCUAUGGCAUUUAUAUCUCGCCUGUACUGGACUUAUCUUAAGCAGUCACAUCCAAGUUGUGCGAGAACCUGAAACCUUGAUACGUGCGAAUUUAAAAUUCUCCAGAUUAAGAGAAAGAAUAUUUGGAAAUGAUCCCAAAAAUAAACUCGAGGCGAAACCUUAUGAAUAUCCAAACUACACAGAUGAAUCCGUGAAGUUGUAUUCUGAGACUCUUGAACACGGAGAUGCAGCAAGUCACGGCGACAACAAACAACGUUUUUCAGAUUCAAAUUCUGAGAGAAAUACCACCUCCACAGAGAACAUGAAGAGCUCGUGCAAGGAGUUUAAUCUACCGGACGCAGAUAAGAAUUCUUACGGGACUUGUCAGCCUCAUCAAGCCUCUCUAGACGCAUGUGAAUUUGCUGAUUCCUUGUUCCCAUAUGACUCUUCAUUGUCGCUAUGUAAGACGAACAACGCUGAGAUUUGUACACUGGAAACUGAUGCACAUAGUGGGAAGAUAAUUCUAAACGCCAAGUGUAGUGGUCAAGUUUGUGAAGAAUACGUAAACAAAAGCGAAGAGGAAAACUCUUUGACUUACGGUGCGUACAUUAUAGAUCCCGAUGAAGGUUUUCUGGAAUCGAUUCGGGAAUUUGAAACUGUCUCAGAGCUGGAGACUCAGCUUCCCCGCAUUGCCUAUUUAACUGCUAGAAAGAAACUAAAUUUUUUAUUCGUGAAAUGUUUCAUAAUGUCGAGGAACGAGAGUCUGGUGUCUCAACUCAUCCCCGUUCCCCUGCUGGUGACAAUACAAGAGGCCUCUGAACCGCGACAUAGAAAUAACAUCAACGUAAACAUUGUUCUCUUAGAUUCCGUCUCAAGGGCACAUUUUUACCGCUCUCUCCCCAAAACAAUUGAAACAUUCAGGAAAUUGAGCGGGAGUCGAGAUAAGACCCCAGCAAGGGUGUUUGAUUUCGAGUUAUUUCAAUCUGUUCACGGCCACACUACACAAAAUGAACAUGCACUGUUCACGGGCCAACUACUUCCAUCUAAAGAAGAGGACGAACAAGAACCUUCAGACCCAGUGCGCGCUGAUGUGAUGUUGGGACAUUUCAAAAGGGCAGGCUAUCAGACCAUGUGGCAAGAAGACCUCUGUUGGACGGGAAUUUGGGGACUAAUGGCUGACUUGGCAGCGGAAGACUGGGAGGACCUACAGAUCAGACUGAAAGAAAACUUUAUUGACAGUACAGGUUUGACGCACUCCAGUUGUGAGGUGUUGGGUUCUUUUGGUCUAGAAACGCCAUUCAAUGGACCCGAGGGGGAUCAGAUCUGCUUCAACGGCAAGCUACAGCACAGUUAUUUUCUCGAAUAUUCAAUAGACAUGUUGAAUAUUAUAGCUUCAUCCAGGAGAUACCGUCCGCUAUUCUCGUACACUGCUCUGAAUGUUGGACAUGACGAAACAGGACGCAGGAUUCAAUCUUUGGAUUCUGACCUGGCUCGCUUUGUUUCCGUCAUGGCAAACAAUAAAAACACCCUGAGUAUUGUGUUAGCAGAUCAUGGAAAUACCUACACACAGUACACGUCUGAUGUCUUGGAAGGACGCUUCGAAAUGUUCCAUCCAAGCCUAUUUGUGAUUGUACCAAACAAAGUUGCUGAACUACUGGGACCAGUAGCUAUGGCUGCUCUUGAAGUCAACCAGCGAAGACUGGUGACCAUGUUCAACUUGCACCAUUCCCUUCUGCCGCUAGCUCGGCCCCUGCGGGGAGUUGUAAAACCUAUUGGGUUAUUUACUGCCAUAUCACCCAAUCUGACAUGCAAUGAUAUCGAACUGAGGACACCUAAUUUAUGUGUAUGCAAUGGUUGGGACAGCCCCACCACCAACGACUCCUCAAAAAUUUCCUUUGCGGAGUUCGCCGUCGGUGAACUUAAUGAGAUGUUACAAGCCGAAUUCACUGAACCUAUUAAUGGAAAGUUACAAAAGCAUCCCAUGAUACGCUCCUGUGAGAGAUUACGCCCUGUGAGGUUUCAAAACGUGCGGGAACGCAACUCAAAAUCAGACGGGGAACUGAUCACGAGUUUUGACAUUUACUUCCGUUCUGGUGACGUUGUCAAACAGAAAGAGGACAUUUUCCAUGUAGAAGUGAAGUCUAAAGAAAUGGCCAAUCAGUACUCACUGCAAAUGGAACUUGUUAACUAUGAUCGAUUGACCCUCUUUGGAAAGUACCAAGCAUGCGCAGAUCAAGGGGCUCAUUUGAAACUUUGCAUUUGUUCCCGAAGAACAAAGAAAAGGUUGACAGAACUAGAGCGUGUUCCUUGGUUAGAAUACUCUACAAUUCUAUCAAAUUCCCCAAAAGCCAGAAAAGUUGGUGACGAUCAAUGUUUGUUCUUGUUAAAGAGAAACCAUAGCUUGGGGCAAAGUGUGGCUUUUGAAAUUGCCAACAUUUGUAAUGAAAAAAUAUUUUAUUUGAGGAUAUCGGCGAACUUUGAAAAUAUGAAGCUUUCCAGAAAAGUUCCAUUUGAAGUAAAAGUUCAGCCUGGAAGCAUUAAAUUCUUGUUAUCUGCCCGGAUAGCGGUUGAUUUCUGGAGCACAUUUAUUGAAGUUGACGUGGAUAUAAAUGAAAAAGGAGUAAGUUAUCCACCAUCAUAAAUGCUGGUUUUAAAAUUGUGUGAAACGUUAAGGGAUGGUUUUAAAAUUAAUGAAACGUUAAGGGAUGUUCAAAACCUUACACAUAAAUUGAUUUUGUUCAGAGGGGAUCUCACAACACAUUCAGUUGACGGGAGCAGGGUUGGCGUGUGGGUAGCAGGGUUGGCGUUGUGGAGAGCAGGGUUGGCGUGUGGGUAGCAGGGUUGGCGUGUGGAGAGCAAGGUUGGCGUGUGGGUAGCAGGGUUGGCGUAGUGGUGAGAGCGCUCGCCUUCCAUCAAUGUGUCCCGGGUUCGAUUCCCGGACCCGGCGUC